AUGUCACCACAACCAUGGAUGCCGUACUUAGAACCGCGAGCAGUCUUGCACAAUAUGUAUCGUCCCGGACGUAUAGAUGACAUAACCGAGCUAGAUAAUGAAGAACGGGAAUACGAUCUCGAGGUAAUCAACAAGUCGAUAAAGAGUGCCGGGUGGAAGUAUGGUCGAAAAUUUGAAGGGAUUUUGGCAAUUAAGAACGUGAACAGUCAUUGUACGAUAAUUGGCAAACCGGGAACUCGCGACGGUGAUCACGCCGAUUCGGAUGGAGAAGCAAAUACAGAUCCUUCUGAAGAAGACUCAUCUCCUGAUGAUUUAGAAAUGGAUGAUUCCCCGGAAGACGAAUCUAUGGAAGACGACAUGUCAGAUCAUGAUCUUGACAUUGAUCAAGAUCUGUACGAAUCGAUGACUGAAGCAGGGAUGUACUCUGCAUAUGGAGAUGAUGAGGAUAUUCAAUAA